AUGCUUCUCAGAAGUUUUUCUAAACGCUGCUUUUGCACUGCUAUUAAUCCACGGCCAUGGCUUUUUGUGGGUUUGGGAAAUCCAGGAGAUAAAUAUAAGGGUACAAGACACAACGUGGGCUUUGAAUUGAUCGAUGCAUUUGCUGCGUCGCAAGGGAUCCCGAUGGAAUCGAUCUUCUUCAAGGCCACCUUUGGAAAAGGUCUUGUUAAUGGGGUUCCAGUUUUCUUGGCAAAGCCUCAGACUUACAUGAAUUUGAGUGGUGAAUCUAGUGGUCCACUUGCAGCUUAUUAUAAGCUUCCUCUCAAUCGAGUGCUAGUGUUUCACGACGACAUGGAUUUACCUUGUGGUGUACUUCGUCUUCACGCCAAGGGUAAUCAUGGGCGUCACAAUGGGUUGAAGAGUGUGAUCUAUAAUUUUCGUGGGAAUAGGGAGUUUCCUCGGUUAAGAAUUGGUAUAGGGAAGCCUCCUGGUCAAAUGGAUCCAAAAGCAUUCUUACUCCAAAAGUUCAAUGCUACAGCUCAAGAACGGAUUGAUGCUGCAUUGCAAGAGGGCGUUGAUGCAUUGAAACAUAUUUUGUCCAAAGACUAUGCCAGUAUAAGAAGCUAUACUCUGAGGGGAAGUUACCCAUUUAGCUAG